GCCGCGUUCACACCCUGGAACAGGUAGCAUCUCCUGGUCGUGUCCCGCCUGCACUGUGUACAGCGUGCGUGGCUCCGCUCUUCUCCACAGCCCGGGCUCCUCACCCGCCGCUCCUCUGGACUUGUCUGCAGCCGACUUUAUGGCCACCACGGUGCUGACCAUGAGCGCCAGGCUGGGCCGCCUGGACGAACCUGUCUUCACCCAGCUAAAGCCUGUGACUGGGAAUGGGGGGCCGCCGCCUAACCGAGGGGACCCCGCAUUUGCAGAAGAGAUGAAGAGCCCCAGACUGCUGCCUGAUGACAUAGUGCAGACCAGAUGUGAAAUGGAAAAGUAUCUCGUACCCAGUCCAACCAUGGCAAGCAUCAUGCAAGAUCAAAAGAAGUACAGACGAGAUAGCGCCUCGGGGAUCGACCAGUUCUUCAGUAAUGACGCUGAUGGACUGCCUUACAGUAUCAACAUGAACGUCUUCCUCCCAGACAUCACUCACCUGCGAACAAACCUCUACAAGUCUCAGAGGCCUACAGUCACCCACAUCAAGACGGAGCCUGUUACAGUGUUCACCCAGCAGACUGAUGCUUCAGCCACGCAGCCACUUCCAGAGUUCACCAGCAUCUUCAGUUCUCACCAAAACGCAGAUCUUAAUAACAUUUACAUCAAACAGGAGAUGCCUUCUCCAGAAAUUCAGAUUCCCGUCAACCCCCAGCACGGCCAGUUAUAUCAGCUCUUAAGUUCAUCAGAUAUGGACUUGAACUCCACGAGCCAGUCCUCGGUAAUGGACCCUAUUAGCAAUGCUUCAUUGUCUACAGAAUUGUCGGGAUUCAGCACCCUCCCCUCCCCCGUGUCACAGACCACAAUGAAGCAGUUUCAGGGCAUUCCCCAGUGUUCAUAUAACAUACACGGUCAGUUCGUGGCACAGCAGGAGGCCACUUACUUUCCUCCAUCGCCCCCCAGCUCAGAGCCUGGCAGCCCAGAUCGACAAGCAGAACUCCUUCUUAGUUUAAACCCCCCACCCUCCUAUGCAGCCACCAUUGCCUCCAAGAUGGGCAUUCACAACACCAGCUUACCUGCAACGGUCCAGAUGGCGUCUGCUCCCAUUCAGUCAGUCCGCUACAACCGCAGGAACAACCCAGACUUGGAGAAAAGAAGAAUCCACUAUUGUGAUUAUCCUGGUUGCACAAAGGUCUAUACAAAGUCAUCCCAUUUAAAAGCUCACCUGAGAACACAUACUGGAGAGAAGCCAUACAAAUGCACAUGGGAAGGUUGCGACUGGAGAUUCGCUCGCUCAGAUGAACUGACACGUCACUACAGAAAACACACAGGAGCCAAACCUUUUCAAUGUGCAGUUUGCAACCGCAGCUUUUCCCGCUCUGAUCACUUGGCUCUUCAUAUGAAAAGACAUCAGAAUUAAUCUGGAUUCUGCCAGAGGCUAUUCUUUACUAUGCAAAGUCGUCGUCCCCCCCUUACUGCCUCAUCUCCGUAAUAAAUUUCAAACAGUGGUCAUCCCUAGUCAGGUGGUCACCACAUAUCAAACUCUCAUCUCUGUUCUGAUGUGGACUGGUCUGUUAAGGGGGAGGGAAAAAGACUGGAACAAAAACAUUAUGUGUGUCUUGUAUUAAGCUACAGCAUUAUUGUCCCUUGAAUUUUGAUAUUUUUUUCUUCUAAUCCCCCUCCUCCAGUAUACAGUAAUUGGCAGGUUUCAUCUCAACAUACAAUGCUGUAAGGUUGUUUAGCAAUGUUUUGACCAAAGCACUGUCUUUACUGUUACAGUGUUUAGUAAAUGAAAUGAGGUCACAGAUGACUGCACGCAAAGGACAAGCCAUAAUAUAUAAAAUGAGAAAAAAGCGAAAACUAAUACUUGAGCAUGCAACUGCAGGUUUCGUUUGUGUUAUUUUUCUUUUUUUUCCUAAUGUACAGUGUCAUCUGUUUCCGUAAUGUAUGGGUAUAGCCCUUCCUUGUCCAUUGAAUUUUUAAUUUGAAAGCUAAUUCCCCAAAUAUUUCAGAAUGUAGCCUUAAGAAUCCUGCACUGAUGUCUUGAAACUAAUUUUAUUUAUACAUAUAUUAAUGUUUUUUUGUUUUUUUUUAUAUACCAGUGUCUGUCUCAUCCUGUUUAAUAGCGUUUUUUUUUUUUUUUUUUUUCACUUUUGUCAAACAGUUGGUGUUAUAAUAUUGAUAUGUUUUGUAAGGUGGCAACAGGUGUUUGGUUCUUUUUAUUUUUAUUUUAUUUUUUUGUUUUUUAACAAGACAUUUUUGCACUUGUUCUGUCAUUUUCUAGGGGAUUUCCUAACUUACAAACAUACGUAUAUUUUAAAAAGCCAAAACACUAAAGCAAAAAAAAAAAUAUUCAGCAUUCGUUGUGUAGGUGGUAAUUUAUCUUUUGCAGCAUUUAUGUUAAUGGACACGGUAAUUUUUUAGAAAUUACUAUGCAGUUUACUUACCUAUAUUUGCAGUAUCUUUAAUAAUUGUAUUACUAAAAUAGAUUGGAUGAAGGUUUCAUGCAGCAGAAAUUCUUGCGUUGACAGAUAAAUGUUCAAGAAUAAAAAGAAAAUAAAAUUAAACGGAAAAGGGUUUCACUAUAAAAAAAAGCUGUAUUUUCUUGUCUAUUUAUUUUUUUGGUUCAUGUUUUUUUUAUUGUAAAAUUGCUACUGUAUUUUAGCUACUUUGAAUAAAUUAACAUUAUUGUAGUCUUUUAAUUGUACUUUGACAACCUGUAAAUACAUUACAAAUGUAAAUAAUUUUGUACAACACUUUGAUUGUUUAUACAAAAGAUGUGCACAUUUUUGUUGCUUUAUUGCCUUGUAUUUUUAUAUUUG